AUGUUUCAACUAACGGCUCUCAACUUCUUGGACACUGGAAUUGACGCAAUAUUCGGCGUCCAAUUCCAGAGCUUAAGAGGAGUCCGGGACUUUUUCCCCGUCGAAGAUGAGCUCACUUCUGCGUUCAUUGUGACCCCCCAGAAAGAGCGAGAUGCUGCUGUAGACGGGGAUACUAGCGCUGAUACUAGCGUCUAUUACAUUGACGGGCUAAUGUAUGACUGGGCCAUUAUACUGUUGAUCCAGAAGAUUCAAGCCUUGAUUCCAGGUAUUCCAGUCACUGUACAUCAGUACCAGGCCCUGAACGCGGCUGCUCCUGAUGCAGAUGAAGCCUUCGACACAAGAAGAGGGAAAGCACUUUUCCAAUACGAUCCCCAGGCCAGACCAGGAAGAAGAGGUGUACGACUCUAUUUUGAGGAGCAUCGUGCGCUGAAUCACUUUUGGGCUCCCGAAGAGAGAUCCCUAUCUGAAUCAGAGUCGCAAUAUACCACACAACUCUCGUGCGCAGGGCAGUCCUAUAGCAGAGUUCAGUAUACCUGCUACAGUGACUUACUAUGUCCUAUUCUAGAUGGCAUUCGAACAUUGCGAUGUGCGGCUCAAUGCUAUCUUGAGUCUUUGUAUACAUGCUACGAUGAACGCAAACUUUGUCCUGUUGUGAAUGGAAAUCCCACACUUCCGUGUGGAGAUGACUGUUAUCUUCCAUCGGAGUACAGCUGCAAUGAAUCGAAAUUGGUCCAAAUAUCUCACAACAAUCCCGAACAAUCAGCUGGUAGCACUGGCUCUUCUGCUAGCAGUACACAAAGCACCUCAAUUACCACAAUCACAACAAGCCCCGGUGAUAAUCCAAGCGGUGUACCAGGGAGUCAUGCAGAGAUCAUAUUCAGCGGGACAACAUAUACAAUCGGCACUCAGACAACCACCAUUGUGCAAGAUGAACACACUAUCAUUUUUGGACCCAAUGGGCUCAUUAUUGGAACAUACACGGUCGCCUUUCCAUCGUCUCAGACUGAGCCGGUUGCUCUCACCACAGAUGGGAUCACUAUAACCUUCCUUCCUGGCCCAACUUCUUCAGCAUCAUCUCGUACUAGCUCGAGCCCGAGGUCAACUGGCCAAUCUGUGACAACUGGGCCUACUCCAGGACCAACUCCAACAUCGGUCUUGCCCAGCUCAACAAGCAAUCCAACAUCGUUUCCUUCUUUGCCAGCUGCUACAAGCACAGUAUUGACCCUCACGGCGUUGGAUGGGUUGAGUACAGUGGAAAUCACUUAUACUCCUACUACUAUCAGUCAACUCACCACAAUUACUGGCACUACCACAGUGACCACGAAUAUUGAUGGUUUACCUACGUCAAUUGUGGUUGGACCUGGAGGACUUGUCUGGAAGUCUGUCACUGCCAGCACACGCAUAACGGGAUUCCCUCCAAUUCCGGAGCCUACUAUUCCACCUGUGCCUCGGAGCUCGAGCGCACUUCCAACCCAAACAAGCACACUGACUUCAGACGAUAUGUUUCCGUCUUCUCAAUUCACUCUCCCGCCAAUAGUCACUACGGUUGUCACAUCUGAUAGUCCGGACGGCCCAGUGGCCACAACAAUCACAGGUACCACAGAUUCCAGUGGGGUUGUGGUGCCUAUUACUACACUAUCAGCAGCUGCUGCUAUCAGUUCUGCUAUAUCAUUGGCAUCGGAGUUAAGCAGUGUUUCUGACGCUGUCAUUGCGUUUUCUUCUAGCACUGCGGAUUCUUCUAAAGCCAGCUCCGCGGCCGCCGUGAUCAAAGAUGCCCAGUCAGGAACAAGUGGCUUUGGCCAUGGUGCUGGGUUUAUUCUUGACUCAAUUGGAAACACUCUCUCAGCAAUUCUAGAUGGCACAGCCAGUCUUGGAUCCUUGACUGGACCUUUGACUGAGAUUUCUGUCAUUGCAAGCGAAUUAGUCGAUGACGCCAAAGAGGCAGAAGCGAUCUGGCCCACUGGCGGAGGAAUCGCAAUUUGGUCAUAUCCCGGGUAUACAUAUACCACGGUAUCACCAGAUCCCACAGACUUACCCCAGGCAGAUGAGAAUGGUGAUCCAAUUACCAGCACAGUUGAGCCUUCAACCACUCAACCUUCCUCCACACCAAGCCCUAUUUCAUCAUCCACAGAGACAUCUUCGGUUACUACUGAGACAUUGCCUGUCACCACAGAUGUCCCCUCAACAACCACAACCCAGACUCCGACCUCAACGACAGAUGCACCUGCCGAUAUGAUGACCGGCUGCAACCACAUAAAAAGCAACUUCCCUAACGACCCAGAGACUUGCAACGAGUUUGUGGAAAACUUUGAUGUUACGGUUACCAAGCUUAUGGAGUUGAACCCUAUACUCAGAUCAAGCGACGCUACAAAGAUUGUCCCAGGUGCCAAGAUGGAUAUUAUCGUUGUUGUCUUUCUGGAUGCCAUGGAAUGCUAG